AUGCCGCCAAAGCUGUUUAGUGCUGCACUGCAGUGGAUAAUGAAGUCACUCGAUUGUGAUGAGAAAGGCAUACGUAUUGGUGGAAUAUUCCUAUCAAACCUUCGUUUAGCCGUUGACAUCGUCACUUUCUCAGGAAGUACUAGCGAAGCAGAGACGAUGAUCAACGAGCUCAACGAAUCGGGAGAAAAGAGCGGACUGUGCAUUAAUCAGAAGAAGACCCAAUUCAUGAAAAACCCAUGGUGCGAAAACGAAAAAAUUGAAUUGGAUGGCUCUCUCACUGCAGAGACCACCUCGUACGUUCAUCUUGGGCGAUCCAUAAACAUGGAAAACAGCAUAAAGAAGAAACUUGAUGGAAGAAGGAGGGCGGUUUAG